ACGAAUCGCUACAUGUCAUUCUGUCGGCUAUACAGAUCCUCGACUGUCAGUUGGGUUUCCAGCGUUCUUUCUUCAGGUCGAAGGAAGCGACAGAGAUGAAGCCUUCAGUGUGGCGGGCGUCCGCCACAUUCAUCAUACUGGUGUACCUGUAUGUGCUGGCGGUCCAGGAGAUACUGGGCGAGGAGGUGGUUGUCACCAGUAGUCAUCUGGCAGGUCCAGCAUACCACACGGGGCCAGCAUUGCAGCAUACGGGCCCAGCAUCACAUCAGACUGCGCCUAUCAGCCACCAGGAUGACUAUGUCCGAAACCACCACAAGUUGGAUGAAAAUGGCAACAGUCAAACCCACCAGUACGUCAAAGGAGUUGCUUUUGAAGCCACCGUGGAAGACCCAGAUGUGCCAGCCACAAGAGCCGUGGGGGGACCCAGCUACAGACCCUAUAACGUGGACUAUACUCCCGGAACAGCUACAGGCACUGCCCUCGACGAUGGGUACGGGCUGGAAUUCAAGUACCACAACUACGAUCAGCUGACGCGCUACUUGCGGACCACAUCGUCUCGUUAUCCUAAUCUCACCGCUCUCUACUCCAUCGGCAAGUCAGUACAAGAAAUGAAACCAAUAGGGUCGUUGGUCCAACGAGCCCGUGGAGUAAUAGAACCUCUAUAUCUUUAUAAAGUGGGUCGUCGGGCCAACGGCCCUCGCCCUCUGUACAGAUUAAGUUUAUUUCAGUAG